AUGAGCGAAGUGCCUCAUAAAAAGAAGGUUCGUUCUAAAAAAUCGAGGAAUGCACCGCAGGAGCUAUCAACAUCUAAACCAUGCGGUAGAAAACUUCUUGAUUCAGAAGAAUCACAUAAAAUAACAGAUCCAAGAUUUAGAGAAGAGUGUGGCGAAAUUGAUAAGGUAGGGUUCGUUAAAAACUAUGCCUUUUUACAAAAGAAUAGAGAACAAGAAAUUUCACAAAUGCAAAAAGAAUUAGAAGAUGAUCCUACGCUAGCCGAUGAUCCAGAGUUUAAAAAGCGUUUACAAUCACUUAAAGAUCAACAUAAGACUAUGGCAUCUAAAAUUGAUGAUGUGAAUGCAAGUAUUCAAUGGCAUCGCGAAGAAAGACAGAGAAUUGCAGAAGGCAAACGUCCCUUCUGGAUGGGUAAACAAGAUAUGAAGCUGAUGCAGCAAAAGAAGAAAUUUGAUGAGCUUCAAAGCACAGGUAGGUUAAAUGCAUAUCUUAAGAAGAGAAAUAAGAAACUAUUGGCCAAAGAUAAAAAAUCUGGCAUUAUAUAA